AUGAUACAUAUUGAAUGUUUUCAUAUUUUAAUUGUUGCGAAGUACUUUAAAACUUCAAACGACUUUUUGAAUUUGGAAAUGGUGUGUAAAAAGUAUUAUAACUUUACAAACAAUUUCCAUUUUAACCCAAUUUCUGUUUCAGAAAAUAAUUUAGCGUUAUUUUCAAAUGUAGAAACAAUUCAUUUAUAUUCUCCUUGUGAUGAUUUUUUCCCAGAAAAAGCUUUCUUUCAAAAAAUUGUCCAUUAUAAAGUUAUACAUUCCAGUCUCCCAAACGCAUUACCAGAACCUGUUACAUAUUCAUUUGUUGAAUACGUAGUGAAUGGUUAUUAUUCCAAAGAAAUUGUCUCGAUUCCACCUCUAGUGACUUCAAUUAGUGAUGGGUGUUUUCGUGGAUGUUUUGCUCUUUCAUCUGUUUCUCUUUGCUCAACAGUAACUCGUCUUGGUGCCGCAUGCUUUUAUGGAUGUUGUAACAUCUCGAACAUUUCUAUACCCCAUAAUGUCAUUUUCAUCGGGAAAGACGCAUUCAAUUGGUGUUCCUCACUUGAACAAAUAGUGUUACCCAAGUUUAUUACAAAACUAGAAAACACGACAUUUUGUGGGUGUUCAAAACUUAGUGAAGUUGAAUUACCACAGUAUUUAAUAAAUAUUGGGGAGUCGUGUUUUUCUGGGUGUAGCUCACUCCGCAAAAUUGAAAUAUUAGAAAAUGUCGAGGAAAUAGAUUCAGGCGCAUUUUCUGAUUGUUCCAAACUCGAAAUUGUUUUGUUUAAAACGACAAAAUUGGUGACUAUUAAAAAUCGAAUGUUUCAAAAUUGUAGCAAUUUGGAAAAUAUCGAACUUCCAUGUGGAAUUACAAAUCUUGGAAACUACGCGUUCUCGUUUUGUUAUAAAUUGAGUGAAAUAGUGAUGAAUGAAGAGUUGGAAGAAAUUGGAGAUUCAACUUUUAUGGGGUGUAAAAUGUUAAGUAAUGUGGCGUUAAACCAAAAACUAAAGGAAAUUAAAAUAUUUGCAUUUAAAGACUGUCGUUGUUUGAGUUAUCUUAAUAUCUCAAAAAGUGUGAAACUGGGUGCAGAGUGUUUUGAAGGAUGUUUAUUCCAUUAA